AACCAACCAACAACGACCAUGAACUUCAACAGCUGCCAAAAACUAUGGGGCACGAGCACCUGCAUCUCCCGAUCGAUCGGAUCAGCAAAAAAUGCCACCACACCCUUGAAUGCCUACUCUCGAACUCACUUCUCCUCUCAGGCGACCCUUCAUUCUGAGAAUGAACAGAACAAAAUGACCUUAUCCAAACUAGUCGAAAAGGAAGUCAAGGCGAAACCUCUCAAUCCUCUUCCCACCUUCGGUUCUCAAUGGGGCAAAUACUUCAGUGAUGGAAGUCGUCGACUGUCUUUCAAUCCAAACCAGGUCUUGAAACCCUCGGAUUUACAACUAGAGAACCUGAUCCAUCCAGCGGACAGGGAGAGUCGGAAGCCACGGCCGGUAGUCCGACGGCCGCCGACGAAGGACGAAGUACGGCUGACGGACCCAUUCCUAUACUACAACAUCAACAUCCUCAAGGAGCCUUACAAUCCCGACCUGCUCGCUAACUUCAUCACCCCACUCGGUCGGAUCAAGAAACGCGCGCUCACCGGCCUCUCCAAGGGCAACCAGAAAAAGGUCUCCAAAGCUAUCCGUAGGGCUCGCUGUAUGGGCUUCCUGCCCUACUUCGGGAAACCUUUGGAACGAUACUCUGAGGAUCACCAGCAAAGAAGAGACGGUCCUGGCGUAGAUUUACCCCCUUUUGCUCGUUAAUCAACGCCCAUUUCUACCUUUUUGUUGUCCAGCAAACAAAAUUCAUCCGCACGUUUUAUAGCUCGUCGUGAUCUUUCAAACGAAACAAAAAAAAACAUCAAUUGCCCUUGCGCUGUACAUACAUACUGAAUCAAGAGGAGCAUGAAUCCGAGAUGUGAAAAUUGGCUUUGCUGGUAAGGAUAAGGUCUGAUAAAUCUAGCCCUAUCCGGGAAGACGUACACAGCAAAUCCCAAAAAAAUGGAGCCUUAAGGAUUGGUCUUUCUACAUGUUUUUUACGGAUUGUGUAAGCAUGUCUGGCACAAAAUCAAGUGAUGCCUAGAGGGAAAAAUUGC